AUGAGAGUUCUAUAUUGGAAUUUAAGAGGCCUUAGAAGAGCCAGGUCUCAAAAUAAAUUAUGGGAUCUAAUAAAUCAAUUUAAUCCUUCAGUUGUAUGGGCUGCAGAACUUAAAGUUUUUUGUUCUUCUUCAUUUUGCAAUAAAUUGAAUCUACCUGGUAAGCAAAGCAUGGUGAUUCAUAAUUCAGUCUCAAAUAAAAAAGGAAAUAUAUGGCUUUUUUGGAAUAAGAAUUUACCUAAUCCUACAGUAGUGUCUAUGUCAAGUCAAAUGAUAACUGUUGAUUUUUGUGGUGUUCUUAUAUCUGGUAUUCAUGCUCAUGUGAGUCUUGUUCAAAUAAGAUAUUUGUGGUCAGAAAUGGAAAUGAUAAGUGGUUUGAAUCAACCCUGGCUAGCUAUCGGAGACUUUAAUGCUAUUACUUCAGCUGAAGAUAAUAUUGGAGGUAAAAGUCCAAAUAGAAGUUCAAUGAUGGAUUUUAAUAAUUGCUUAGAUACAUGUGAAUUAAUACAAGCUCCUAGUACUGGUCUUCAACACUCUUGGUCUAAUUUCCAACAUGGAAAUAAAAGGAUUUUAUGCAAGCUUGAUAGAGCAGUUUUCAAUCUUUUGUGGUUACAAAAAUUUGAAGGUUGGUGUUAUAAAGUGGGAUUAAGAGUUGCAUCUGAUCAUGCUCCUUUGCUGGGUGGUGGUGCUCAAAUUCCUAAGCCACAAAAUGCUCCUAUGAGGUUUCAUAAGAUGUGGAUUUCACAUCCAAAUUUUAUGGAAGUAGUACAAAAGUGUUGGUCUGAAGAAAUUGUUGGUGAUCCAGCUUUUAUCUUGCAACUGAAACUAAAAAAAUUAAAGAAGAUUCUUAAGGAUUGGAAUUGGAAUGUGUUUGGGAACAUAAAUGUACAUGUUAAUGAGGCAGAAGUAAAAGUGCAAGAAGCAAUGGUCAACUCUGAUAAUAAUCCAUUUGAUGAAGCAGCUCUUAAUACUUUGGUGGAAGGCGAAAACUUAAAUAAUUCUAAAGAAGUACAACUCAACACUUUUCUAAAACAAAAAUUUAGAACUAAAUGGAUAAAAUAA